AGCUGUGCUCCCUCACAGCUAUCUCGCGACGUUCCGUGUAGCGCGCUCCUAAGUGAGUUGCUACUACUAACGCUCCCGGCCGUGAACGGCCCCGAUGGAUCAGGAGGCCUCAGUAAGGUUUCAUGUCAAAGUGGGGAUGUCUGUUGCAAUUUUUUGCAGUCAUGUGCUGAUAUCCUAAACCUGUUUUUGAUGUAUAGAAGAGAAUUGUCAAAUUAAAACGCAGCUCCAAUUUAAAGUGAAAAUGGAUCACCAUUCAAGAGAAAAUGAGAGCAUUGUCCCAUCCCUUACUGAUUUGGAAGGUUUUCUUACAGAGCACAAUUCUAAUGUUGUUUGGCUGUUUGUUGCCACAAUUCUAUCAUGUGGAUGGAUUAUUUAUCUGACUUACUACAAUUCCCGUAAUUUAGGAUUGAUACUGACUUUGGUUCUGAACAGGCUGUACAAAAAUGGAUAUGUACACAUUGGUUCAUUUUCAUUCUCUGUACUGUCCGGAAAGGUCAUGUUUCGUGAAAUAUAUUAUAUUAAUGAAGAUGUGUCGAUCAGAAUCCAGGAUGGAUUUCUCAUAUUCAGGUGGUGGAAAAUGUACAAUCCUAAACAGAAACAGCAUGAUCCAAAAGCAGAAACUAGAUUGUACAUCACGGUCAAUGGUUUUGAAUUCCAUGUUUAUAAUCGUUAUGACCUGUAUGCACAUCUACAAGAACUGUUUGGACUGGAACCAACAAUUAUCCCUAAAAGAGCAAAUACAAAAAUGAAGAAAGGUCGUGUGAAAACGAAGUCUAAACUUGAGAGCAUUAAAACUGAAACACAAGACCCUUCAUCAUCCUGGCGAUCACUUAUUCCAGUUAUUAAAGUUGACAUCAGUACAGGUCGUUUGGCAUUUGGAAACCGUUUUCUGCCUCAGACGCUAUGUAUAAAUUUUGAUGAUGCUUUUCUGACCUAUACUACAAAACCACCUUCCAGCCAUCUUGACCAAUUUAUGCACAUUGUGAAGGGAAAAUUGGAAAACGUUAGAGUCAUGCUGGUUCCGAGUCCAAGACAUGUUCCUAUGCAAAAUGAUGAGCCACCUCGUUUAAUGGGAGAGGGUUUUGUUGUAAUGCAGUCGAAUGAUGUUGAUAUCUAUUACUACAUGGAUGAACCAGGUGUCGUACCUGAAGAAAGUGAUGAAAAUGCUGAAGACAGUCCAGGCAGUGAAAGCACAAAAUUACAAGACUUACCACCAUGCUGGGGACUCGAUAUUGUUUGUGGUAAAGGAACGGAUUUCAACUAUGGACCAUGGGCAGAUAGACAGAGGGAAUGUUUAUGGAAGUUUUUCUUUCCAGCUGACUAUCAGACAUUGAAGGUCACUGAAUUAGCAAAGCCUAGAAAACCAAGGCAAAUUCUUGCAUUUGAACUACGCAUGAAUAUCAUUGCAGAUGCCACCAUUGAUUUACUUUUCACAAAGAAUCGGGAGACCAAUGCCAUACAUGUAAAUGUUGGAGCAGGUUCCUAUUUGGAAGUAAAUGUUCCUAUGACUGUAAGCGAAAAUGGCUUUUCACCAACUAUUAAAGGUCAGCUUCUCCAUGUGGAUGCAACUAGUAGCAUGCUGUAUCGAACUCUUUUGGAGGCAGAAAUGUUAGCUUUCCAUCUCAAUGCUUUUUACCAAAGAAUAUGGAACAUGCCUCAAGAGUGGCAGUGUGAAAUUGAAGUGUAUAAAGCAACAUACCACUUUAUUUUUGCCCAGAAGAACUUCUUUACUGAUUUAAUACAGGAUUGGGCUAGUGAUAACGCUCCAGACAUCUACUCAUUUGUUCCAUACACGUGGAAGUUGAAAGUGAUGUUCCAUCAGUUUGAGAUGAUAUGGGCAGCAAACCAACAUAAUUGGAUAGACUGCUCUACCAAACAGCAAGAAAAUGUAUAUUUAGCAGCAUGCGGAGAAACACUGAAUAUUGACUUCUCAUUACCUUUCAAUGACUUUGUGCCUGAAACUUGCAGCACAAAAUUUCGUUUGAAGGCAGAAAAUUUGGAUUUACGCUUAUUUCUCCCAGACUGCCAUCCCAGUAGAUACUCUACGUUUACAUUAGUAAAUGAUUCCCAGGCUAACAAAGUAACUCCUCAAACCUCCUCUUCAUCUGAUACACAAACUACACUUAAAACAGGAAAACUAAAAUGGCGCAAUGUUACUCAGCCAGAGAAUGAUUGGAUUGAGUGCUGGUCUGUUCCAAAUAUCCUACUCUGUAUUGACUAUACCUGGCAUCCCAUCUACCCUCAGAAAGCUGAUGAGCAGUUGAAGCACAGCUUAUUUGAAAUGCAGCAGUUGACAUCAAGAUCGUCACAGAAGUCCUCUGAACGAACUUUGCAUUCUCCUUCAGUUUCCCAACGACAGCGUAUCGAUCCAUCCGAACUUGCACCCGAUAAACUACACGUUGAGCUAGAAAUGUCUCCCGAUUCACAAAUCAUUCUGUAUGGACCACUUCUUAAGGCGCUGUUAUCUAUUAAGGAAAAUUACUUUGGCGAAGAUGAUAUGUACACCGAUUUUGAAGAAGUAGCUACAAGCCCAGUGCUGUCAUUGUCAACAUCGUCCAGUUCUGGAUGGGCAGCAGUUGGAGUUGAAGAAAGUGAGAAGAUAGAACUUGAGAGUGGCGACAAGCAAAUUCAUCCACUUACACUCCGCCCAUGGGACAUUUCCGUUCUCAUUAAUUUGUACAAAGUGCAUGGAAAACUUCCAGUGCAUUGCAGCAGUGAUGGCGCAGAAUGCCCAACAGCAUUUCUGGAGAGACUUUGUUUUGAAAUGAAGAAGGGAUACAAGGAGACAAUGCUCCAGCUUAUUUUGUCACCUAUUUAUGUUUUUGUGAGCGACAGCUAUCCGAGGCCAUCUGUAGAUGGACUACUUCGUGAAGGCCAUAUCAGCCUUUCUGGAUUACAGUUACGUGCCCAUGCCAUGUUCUCAGCAGAAGGAUUACCUUUAGGCAGCACAACACUGGAAUAUUCUUGGCUGAUUGAUGUCCAAGCGGGUCUGCUGACUGCUAAAAUAACCUUGCCACAGCUGGCAACUCUGCUAGAGUGGGGACAGACAUUCAUUUUUCAUGUUAUGUGUCAAGAAUAUGAAUUGGAAAGACCUAAAACUGUUGUUUUAUGUCAACAUGGUGUUGAUCAGCGUUUCUGCGAACUGAAGCUGAAAAAUGUGCAUGGACCAUGUCCACGAUCAGAAGAACUGAAAUACAUUAUGACUCGGAUAGCAGUUGAUGGCGCAGACCUCUUUGUUGUAGAACAUGGUUGUGCAGCCAGUAUUAAGAUAGGGGCUAUUCGCAUUGCUACUUGUAAUCUUCAUAACCAAGCAGUCGGAGAAGGUGUGAGUGCUGUUGUACAAGAUGUUCGACUGAGACAAUAUAUUGAACAAUUUGAAAAUUGUAGGCUUGGAAUUCAACCUACUAUACUCCGCCGAUCGUGUUGGCUUGAAGCUGGAUCAGUAAAUUUUGGAUUAAUCACAGCAGAUGUGGCUUUGGCUGCAGAUCAUCCAGUAAAACACGAAGUACAAAGGCAAUUUUUGGAAACUCAUGAUUACCGAACUAAAAGACUGUGGUUUCUCUGGCCAGAUGAUGAUGUCAAAACCAAACGAGUGAAGAACAAGUGUGGGUGUCUGAGUGGUUGUAAGUUCUAUGCAGGCAUGGCAUCAGGAAUGGACUUCUUCAAACUGGAUGAAAUUACCCCAUCCACCAGCUCUGCUUUCUCUAAUACAUCCUCUGAAACUGAAAUGUUCUAUGGGCAGUCACUGCUGCAUCCAAAUGACUGGAUUGUUACUAAAGAUAUUUCAAAGACUGCAGAUGGUAAAACAAACGGGGCAAAAAGAAAAGAAUGGGACUCCAGAUCGUUGGGAACUGAUUCAGAGAAAAAGAGCCAGUACCAAAAUUUGCAGGUCCCUUUACGAUCUCACAGUUCAACAUCAUCUUCUGAAGAAAAUAGUAGUUCCACUGCUGCACUCCCUUUGUUGGCGAGUGAAAGAAACAGUCCAUCCUCUAAUACUGAUGAUAGUAUUCAACAAAUGCAUAUUCCUGUUUCAAGUACAAACACGGAGGAAGCAAUUGGAAAUGGUCCAACAGAUGUUUCAGGAAGCACUCCAGUUUCUCCCAAUAAUCAAGACAGAACACUAGUCCGUUCUCCUUUGAAGCGACAAGCUUCUGUCUCUUCCACACGACUUGGGAGUACAAAGAGUUUAUCCGCAACUAUUUUUGGUGAGCGGCAGACUGCAGCAAUAGGUGUACAGUUCACCAGUGAAGUAUCACGCAGUGACGAGAAUGUUCUGGAUUCUCCUCGUCAGCGGAGGAGCUUUGGAUCCUUUCCCUUUACUCCAUCAUCAGAUUCUACUACUUUCCAUCAGUAUCGAUCAGUUGAUUCAAGCAUAUCUGUGGCUGAAAGUGAGGCAUACUUUUCAGCAGCAGAGGACUUUGAUCCAGUUAGUAGUGAUGAAGGCCCAGGAACCUACCCAGGAAGAAAGAAGAGACGUCGUACCCAAGGAGUUGACUAUACCAGGAAUACAAUUUAUCGGAGUGUAGAGGGGCCAUUAAAUAGUUCUGUUAGUGGAGAAAGCCAAGAACUGAAAAACUAUCCUAUGCAAACUCAUGCUUCUCAGGCCUCUUUUGUAUCAGCUCUUGAAGGUGAUGAAGAGUCAGCUGAUCACAUCUACACUGCUGAAGGAGAAAAGACUGUGGAUAGCAAACAGAUGUCAAGUCAACAGAUUGUGAUGUCUUGUUACUUAAAUUACCUUACACAACUACAGGUAUCCAAUUGGUCAGUAAAACAGCCAACAAAUAAAAGAACAUCAAAAUCUUCCCUGCAUAGGCCUCUAGAUCUUGAUACACCAACCAGUGAAGAGAGCUCUUCUUCAUUUGACCAGCUUUCUGUCCCCAUGUUUAAGAUCAUUAAACAAGGUCUCUCAGCAAAUGCAUUACUUGACAGAGGUGCUCAACUCAUGGGAUCAAAUUCAAGUACUCCUUACACUCCACUGGAAAGAACAAUAAUGGAAAAUACAGAUGACACCGUUACUGAACAGUGGAGCCUUGAUCAGCCAGUCUCUCAGACCAGGACCACUGCCAUAGUAGAAGUAAAAGGAACAGUGGAUAUUGUUCUUACCCCACUUGUGACAGAAGCUUUUGACAGAUACUUUGAAGCAAUGGUUCACUUUUCUAGCAUUUGGCACCCUGCUGCAAUUGUGGAUGAUCUGCACGCUAAAGUGCUGAAGGAGGCAUAUCUGAACAGCAAGUCAGCCAGUUCAGAAUUGACAACUUCAAGACACGAAGGUCGAGUUUCCAAAAUGGAAAAUGGUGCAGCUGGUAUGACCAAGACUGGCCAGACACAGGCAAAUGCAGCAAAUAAGCAAGAUAAUGUGAAGAUAAAGGGUCUUCAAGCUAAUGUUUCCAUACCAAAGGUGAAUUUAUGUCUUUUGCAAGCAUCAGUGGAAAAACCUCCAAUGUUCAGUACAAGCAAAAAUGUUACUCAGGUUUCUCUGGUUGCACUGUGUUUUGACAGAAUUUCAACACAGAUUCUGAUGAACAGGGGUAUAGUAGAAGAUGGAAGCAACAAUCCUGAUGCAGGCAAAACAUCUGUUAUGUUCGAUAAGUAUAUAAAUGCUAGUAAGAUGCAGCCACAGUCAUCUGGCUCCUUAAGGUCAAAUUCUGGAGCGGAGAGGGGAAAAGAAUUGGCAGCUAAGCUCAAUGUCCAUCGCAUACAUGGUCAGUUACGAGGUCUUAAUACUACAGAUUUAGGAAUUUGUUCUAUUACUGCGAUCCCUUUUGAGAAGUCAAAAGUUCUUUUCACAUUAGAGGAAUUGGAAGAUUUUACUUUCAUGGAUGAAGCGGAACCACUUAAAACUACAGACACGACCAAAACCCCACAGAAUGUAGAAAAGUGGGGAUGGAUCAUGUUUGAGUGUGGCAUUGAAAACCUAACCGUAAAAGGAGGAAGACAGUCAGGAGCUAUUUUGUACAAUGUUUCGGGUGCUCUGGGGAAAUCAAAUACAGAGGAAAGGAAUGGACUGCUAAAAUCAGGGGAUUCUACUGGUUCUCCAACAGGCAGUGGCUAUAGCACUGAUGUAUCAGAAGAUAAUCUCCCUCGUGAUGAAAGGAGUCCAACUUCAGGUAUCAAUGGGAAUUCAGCAUCAGAUGAUCAGGAUGAAGGGGUAGAGUCUGAUGAUCUUAAAAAGGAUCUUCCUCUGAUGCCACCACCACCAGAUUCCAGCAGCAUGAAACUUACAAUUAGCGAAAUUUGGUUUAGUUUUGCUGCACCAACCAAUUUACAUUCAUGUGCCCAGACUUAUUCCAGGCAUCUUAACCUUUUAAGCACGGCUACUCCGGCUAUUAGUGCCUGGCUUAUUCCAAUUGAUCAGCUAAAAUCCUCCUUGAAUAAAUUGGAAAUGGAACGAACCCUGCGUGUAUGUGCUGUAAUGGGCUGUAUCAUGACAGAGGCGCUAGAGAGGAAGAGUGUGCACUUUCCCUUGAAGAGCAAGUACAAUAGAGUCACCAAAUUAGCUCGGCAUCUACAAGAAAAUCCUUCCUGUUUACUGUGCAAUAUACUUCAUCGGUACCUGCAGCAGGCAGACUAUUCUGUCAUUGAGGAUGCCACAAUGAACAAUGGUCUUCCUGCUCUUGUCACUCUAAAGAAAGGUUUGGUGGCAUUAGCAAGGCAGUGGAUGAAGUUCAUAGUGGUCAGUCCAGCUUUCAAAGGAGUUAGUUUACAACUUAAACCAGCACAACUUCCAAAGCUGCAAACAGCAACACAUAUUGAUCGUCAAGCUGGUGGCUUAGACAAUGGAGGAGCCAUCCAAAGUGAUACAAGUGCUGAUGGAGCAGAGUUUGAAUUUGAUGCUGCCACAGUAAGUGAGCACACCAUGCUGUUAGAGAGUAGUCGUCCACCAGCGGGUGGAAUUUCCUCUGGACCAGUAACUGGCUCUGACAUCAUGCGAAAAUUGUCCAAAACAAAUGCUCAUGCACAUGAAUCCACACUUAAGAUAAAAGGUGUCCACCCUUACCAGUCCCUCAGCUACACCAGUGGUGAUACAGUCGCAGACUCACCAGCCCAUGUCAGUCGUGCAGGACUACCAACAAGAGACAGUCCUAGAAAGGAAAGCCUACUUAGCUAUCUGACUGGGAGCUUCCCUAGUCUUCACAAUCUCCUUGAAGGAACUCCACAACGUGGUGCAUCAGGAAUUAAAAGCAGUUCACUUUCACGGCCAGGAAAUACUGUCGCUGCAGAAAUGUUAUCAGAACACCCGCUGCUAUCUGAGCCAUCAUCAGUUAGUUUUUAUAAUUGGAUGUCAAAUGCUGUGAGUAACCGAGGAAGUAUUACUCAAGAAUCACCAGUGCCUAGAUCUGGACAUAACAGCCUUUCAACAGGUUUGGCAUAUAAUCUUCCGACAAUACAAUCUGCAUCUGACUUUAAUACAGUGCUGUCAAGUGAUCAGAAUACACUGGAUGGCACACAAUCUCAGAACAGCACUAGUCAAGAUGAAAUUGUUGGUAUUGAGGAGGGUAACCAAGGCCCCCCUGCUGUUCAGUUGGCUGAUGCACAGGUUGUUUUUAAGCCUUUGCUGAGUAACACAGGAAUUCAGUCACAAGAUAUUGCACCUUUAACUUAUGGAAUGUACUUUGGGGAACACUUGUCAUUCUCUGGGAGCCUAGACUGCCUCAGGGCAGAUAUUGUUGAUUCUGAUACAUCCAAAGAGAGAAAGAUCAGGAAGAAAAGAAGACAGGGCAUGAUAAACCUACCACCUCUUGAUUUCAAACCUGCAUUGAUGUUUGAUACAUUUAGCAUAAAUGCAGUUGUGAUGGAUAAACCAACUUGCAACCAAAAUUCAACCAACGCUCUUGCUUUCCACGAACUUAGUAGGCAUCACCAAAACACCUUUCAUGUUAACUUCACUAUCUCUUGUCAGUCUAUCAGCCAGCAUGUGGACAUGGCAUUAGUUCGUCUCAUUCAUCAAUUUAGCACAAUGGUUGAUGACAUAAAGGCCACUCAAACAGACAUUAAGCUUAGCAGAUACACAGCAGGGUCUGUGUCCCCCACACCAACGUUCAAAACGCGCAAACAUAGAGAUUUUCGGUCAUCAGAUUUCAGUCGCAGUUCUCGAGGCAGUCUUAAUGGAGGUGUCAGAGGAAACAGCACUAAAGCAAAUAAAAGACUUGGAAGUGAGAACAGUAAAAGAGAGCCACGCAAUAAAAAUUCAUCUGGGCCGACACAAAGAAGAACCUCAAAGGUUUCCAGGAAGGGAUCGAAGGAUGUUGUAGAUCAUGUGACUAUUCAAAUGGAUGACUCUGACUCGAUCACAGUGUCUGAGCAAAGUGAACCAUCUGCAGAGUGCUGGCAGAAUAUGUACAAACUGCUUAACUUUUAUUCAUUAAUAUCUGAUCCAACGGGCAUUCUUGAAAAGUCUUCCCCUGAUGUCUUGGGCCCUACAGAUACAGGUGGCAGAAGUCCCACUGAACCUGGCUGCAGAGUAACUUUUGAAAAUGAACAGGAUUGCUCAAGCCCGAACAGACUGUCAAGGAAGCGCAGCUUAAUAAGUGCUGAACCCCACCAUGUCACACUCAUAGUGUUUGGAGUUGGUAUGGUGAACCGCACUCAUCUAGAAGCAGACAUUGGAGGCUUAACAAUGGAGGCAGAGCUUAAGAAGAUCCAUGGAAGUUUUACAGUAAAAGAGAAAAUGAAAGAUGUUUUACACCAAAAGAUGACUGAAACAUGUGCAACUGCUCAUAUAGGUGGUGUAAAUAUAGUCCUGUUGGAAGGCAUUACACCAAAUAUUCAGCUGGAGGAUUUUCCAACUUCGCCUACAAGUACAGUUAAACAAGAAUUUUUAACGGUAGUUAAAUGCAGUAUUGCCAAAUCUCAGGCUCUUUAUAGCGCCCAAAGAGGAUUGAAGACUAACAACACAAUGGUUAUAAAAGUAGGAGCCAUUAGUAUCAAUAUCCCACAGCAUCCUGCCACAUUACAUAGUAUGAUGGUUCGGAGUUCUCAUCAGCUCUCCAAGCAGAUUUCUGACCUAAUUCGUCAACCAUCAACAAGUGUACCAAUGCCAAAGGAAGAUUUCUCCUCUCCACAACCAUGUGAGAAGCCUGUUUCAAGUGUCAAUCAAACACCUGUUGAAACAAAUGAAUUUCCACAGCUGCCAGAAGGUUUGGAAAAGAAGCCAAUUGUACUUAAAUUUAGUGCCUUGUUGGAUGGAAUUACCAUUGGUGCAGCGCUCCUGCCAUCUCUUAAAGCAGAGUACAAAAUGGGCAGGAUGAAAAGCCAUGGAAUGACAGGAGCCCAAACUAGAUUCACAUUUGAGCUGCCCAAUCACAGACUGCGCUUCCAAUCCAAAGUGACACCUGUUGAUAUGGCAACAUUACCUCCGUCAGCCAGCCUCAACCUACCACAGGUCACCAUGUCUGGAGAAUACAUCAUGGAGGAGCAUGAGAAUUACCCAGAUAAAUCCUGGAAUGGGGAAGAGUUUUCAUUGAAACAAGGCAAUUAUCUGCAAGGGAACUAUUUACGCUGUGUUGCUGAGGUUGGUUCUUUUGAGCACAACUUGACAACAGAUCUUUUGAAUCAGUUGGUCUUUUUGCAAAAAGUUUUCAUGAAGGAGGUCAAUGAAGUUAUUCAAAAAGUUUCUGGAGGGGAGCAACCUAUCCCACUGUGGAAUGAACAUGAUACAUUAAUGGAUGGAGAAAAACCAAAAAUUCUGUUGUAUUCUUUGAAUCUGCAAUUUAAGGGUAUCCAAGUUACAGCAACUACCCCUUCAAUGAGAGCUGUAAGGUUAGAGACUGGCUUAAUUGAACUAGAACUUUCAAAUCGCAUCCAAACAAAGACCCAGCCUGGUGCAGGUCGUAACAGCAGCUAUCUGAAAUUGUUUGGUAAAUGUCAGGUUGACUUGAACUUGGCAUUAGGACAAAUUGUCAAGCAUCAGGUCUAUGAAGAAGCUGGUUCAGAUUUUCAUCAAGUAGCAUAUUUCAAAACACGGAUUGGAUUGAGGAAUGCACUUCAAGAAGAGAUCAGUGGCGCUUUUGACAGGGAAGCUGUUCUCAUCACGCUUAGUCGACCAAUAAUAUAUGCACAACCUGUGGCUUUUGACAGAGCUGUCCUCUUCUGGCUGAACUACAAAGCAGCUUAUGACAACUGGAACGAACAGCGGAUGGCACUGCAUAAGGAUAUCCAUGUGGCUACAAAAGAAGUUGUUGACAAACUGCCUGGAAUCCAGCAGACCUCUGCUCAAGCAUUUGGCACACUCUUUUUGCAGCUGACUGUGAAUGAUUUGGGAAUCUGCUUACCUAUCACCAGCACUAUACAGGGUAAUCACAAUAUUGAUUUUGAUCCUGGAUCAGCUAUGGUUCUUACGAUUGAAAGCACUUUGAUCACUGCUUGUUCAUCUGAAUCCCUUGUCAGUAAAGGUCACUUCAAAAAUUUCUGCAUACGAUUUGCUGAUGGUUUCGAAACUAGUUGGGAUGACUGGAAACCGGAACUACAGGGUGAUAUAGUAAUGAAUGCCUGUGUGGUACCAGAUGGAACAUAUGAAGUAUGUUCACGGACUACUGGGCAGGCUGCAGCAGACAGCAGCAGUGCUGGAACCUGGACCUUGAAUAUCUUAUGGAAAAUGUGCGGUAUUGAUGUGCAUAUGGAUCCCAAUAUAGGAAAAAGACUCAACGCCCUGGGUAACACAAUGACGACUCUGACAGGUGAGGAAGAAAUUGAUGACAUCGCUGACCUGAACUCAAUCAACGCGGUUGACUUGACAGAUGAGGAUGAAACUGACAAUAUGUCUCCUACUGUAAUGGCUAAUACAGGUGGAAACGCAAUAAAAGGCAACUCUAUGAAACUUUCUUUUGGGCAACGACUUGUAAACCAGUUUCUUGGUCUAAGUACUAUACACCGGGAAUACUCUUUUACAGCAGAAACUCUGUCUAGUCCUGAGACUCGCAACCCAGCAAAAUCUAACUGCUUACACUCAAAAGCAUCCCGUUCUCGCUCUUGGCAUAGUGAAAGUACUGACUACCGAAGACAGGGUACAAUUGGAAGCCAGGCUGCAGAUUCAAGAGGACGAAAGUUUGUAAAACGUUUAGUCGACAUCAGGGAAUUGAAUGAACAAGCCAAAGUCAUCGAUGACCUAAAAAAACUUGGGGCAAGUGAAGGAACAAUAAACCAAGAGAUUCAGCGUUAUCAACAGCUAGAAUCUGUUGCUGUUAAUGACAUCCGUCGAGAUGUUCGAAAAAAAUUACAAAGAUCCAGUAUGAGGGCUGCAUCCCUUAAGGAUAAAUGGGGUCUUGGCUAUAAGCCUAGCUACAACAGAUCAAAAAGUAUCUCCUCCUCCGGAAGGCCACCUUUGAGAAGACUGGAAAGGACAAGUUCCAGAGUUGGUGAGGCAGAAGACCCUAAUGAAAUCCAAACUUCAGAACAACCUGUAUCUGGAUCAGGCACUGGGACAAGAGUGACUUUCAAAGUACAAGAAAUGUUGAAUGAUACAGCUUUGGGCCUUACAAAACAAGUCAGCACUCCAAAAGAAGGGUAUUUUCAGUUCCCUGAGGAGACAGAAUUGGAUCUGUUGUCAGUCACCAUCGAUAGUCCAUCUCAUUUCUCACCCAUCAGUGAACGUUCAGUGUUUAGUUCACCCUGCACCCCACAUGUCGUUCAACAAAGACUUGCCUUCCAGCUUGAUGAUGCGAAGCGAGAUGAUAGUUUGACCUCUUCGAGCGAAGAGUCUGACCGAGAUGAAGAAUAUGAUAAAGAAAAACCUCAAUACAUCAGGAGGACACCCCAUACCAUACGUAAAAAGAAUGCAGGGCUUGCUGCAGUCCAGCAACUUUUUACGGAUCGUUGGCCUUCAACAUCAACAAACAGAAAUUCCUUAAACACCGCAACAGAACGGAAUAUUGAUUUUGAACUUGAUGUUCGCGUGGAGAUUGAAAGUGGAAAAUGUGUACUGCAUCCAACUACACAGCAGCUGCAGCAAGCAGAGCAUGAUGAAUUCAACGUUAAAAGGAGUAUUGAGAAGAGUUUAAAAAGUUUGGAUCAAGAUACUCCAGCAAAAAGGAAAAAAACACAUCAGAAUUAUCAAUCAACUUCAUAUUUGAUAGGAAAAAAAGUGCCACAUACACUACAGACCAAGACUACGGAGUUUGAGAACACAGUUUUUUACAUUCCAGGUGUAGAUGUAAAGUUACAUUACAAUUCCAAAACACUAAAGACAGAUUCUCCAAAUACCUCCAGAGGAUCAUCUUUGCCAAGAACUCUGUCUAAAGAAUCCAAACUGUAUGGUAUGAAAGAUAGCGGUCCUUCCCCUGCAUCCACUACUAAUUACAACAAGGCUAACUUCCUGCUACCUCCCCCUCCCCCACCUUUACCAUCAGCUAAAGGAAAAGGGAGUGGAGGUGUGAAAACAGCAAAGCUUUAUGCUUGGGUUGCUUUACAAUCUCUUCCUGAAGAAAUGGUGAUUAGUCCAUGCCUGCUGGACUUCCUAGAAAAAGCUCUGGAAACAAUUCCUAUUACUCCAAUUGAAAGACAUUAUACAGCUCUAAGCUCCCAAGAUGAAGAUGUGGGUCAGUUUGACGUUCCUGAGCCAUUGGAAGAAUCAACAACGUCUCUAGUAUCAUCAUCUACCUCAUCGUAUUCUUCAUUUCCAGUGGAUGUUGUUGUAUAUGUGAGGGUGCAGCCUUCACAGAUUAAGUUCAGCUGUUUACCUGUAUCGAGAGUUGAAUGUAUGUUAAAGCUGCCUUCACUAGACUUAGUGUUCUCAUCGAAUAGAAGUGAUCUGGAAAGCUUGGGUUUCUCACAUGCGUUUGAUGCAUCUCAAGUGUCUGCCACUGCCACUUCACUACUUGCUCAAACAGUAUUAAAAACUGCUGCUAAUAAAACGGGUACAUCAACUGGAUUUGGAAGCCCACUUGGAAGAAGUCGACAUAACAGCAGUCAGUCUGAUCUAUCUUACUCCAGCACUACGGCAUCAGGCUUGAGCUUUACAGCUUGUAUGUCAGAUUUCUCCCUGUAUGUUUUUCACCCAUAUGGAACUGGUAAACAGAAAACAGUUACUGGUCUGACUCCUGGAGCAAGUGCACCUGGUGCUGUUGAUGAAGAAGCCAGUUCUGUCACCGGACGUAAGGAUUCUCUGAGCAUUAAUCUUGAAUUUGUGAAAGUCAGCCUGUCCAGAAUGAGACGGUCUGGAGGGGGUUCAUUGUUUGAUAAUCAAAUACCAAUCAAAAUUAACAACAAAAUGGAAACCACUUUAAUUAAUAUCUCAGCUGUGUGUGACAUUGGAUCUGCUUCCUUCAAGUAUGAUAUGCGCAGACUUAGUGAAAUUCUAGCAUUCCCAAGAGCUUGGUACAGAAGAAGUAUUGCUCGGCGCCUCUUCCUUGGUGAUCAAACAAUUAACUUACCAGUUUCCGGACCUGUGACUCCAGAUUCCAUUGAAAAUCAGCAGCUUUCACCUGAAUCAACACGCAAGGCUUAUUGGCGUACCUGGGAGCAAUCAGCACAGUCAUCCAAUUAUUCACACCCAGCUCAGACAUCAAAUGUCUUCAACGACAUGACUUCAGCAACAUCUAAUAGUACAUCACCAGCUGGCCUGAUUCAUAGUGUGAAAUCUCCUUCAGCUGUCCGAUCUAGAACAAUUUCAGACUCAUCCGCUCCAAGAAGAGAUUCCAUUACUAAACUCAGUACGCCAUCAUUCAGUAAGAAUGGAAAGACAGCAAACCAACAAACAGCACCCUGGGAGACAUUGGUUGUUUUUGCAAUUAACCUGAAGCAGCUAAAUGUUCAAAUGAAUAUGAGUAAUGUCAUGGGGAAUACCACGUGGACAACUAGUGGAUUAAAAAGCCAGGGACGAUUAUCAGUGGGGAGCAAUAGAGACAGAGAAAUAUCAAUGUCUGUUGGUCUGGGAAGAUCUCAACUUGAUUCCAAGGGAGGAGUCGUUGGUGGUACUAUAGAUGUAAACACAUUGGAGAUGGUUUCUCACAUCUCUGAACAUCCAAAUCAACAACCCAGCCAUAAAAUCCAGAUUACAUUGGGCUCCACUGAUGCACGAAUUGAUUACAUGGGAUCGAGUAUCUUGAUGGGAAUUUUCAGCAAUGCAGAUUUGCAAUUACAAGAUGAAUGGAAAGUGUAUCUUCAUAAUACAGUAGACUUAAACAUGACAGAAAAAAGUGAAGUCUUUGUUCAUGGAGAUCUACAAUGGGACAUCUUUCAGGUCAUGAUCUCACGAUCAACAACACCAGACCUAAUUAAAAUUGGAAUGAAAUUGCAGGAAUUUUUCACUCAACAAUUUGAUACCAGCAAAAGAGUCCUUUCUACCUGGGGACCUGUCCAGUACCUACCUCCAAAAACACCAGUAAUAAAUGUGGAGAGGAGUUCCAGUGAACACUUGCUAGAUGCAGCACAUCAUCGGCAUUGGCCAGAAGUGCUAAAAGUGAUUGCUGGAUGUCAGAUCUCCCUAUUCCAAAUGCCUUUGCCUGAAGAUGCCGUACAGCUAGGUGGAUCAAUGAGUUUGCAUGGAAAUCAUAUGACUCUGGCGUGCUUCCAUGGGCCAAAUUUCCGUUCAAAAUCUUGGGCAUUAUUUCAUCUUGAGGAGCCUAACAUUGCUUUCUGGACCGAAGCUCAGAAAAUCUGGGAAGACGGUGCCAGUGAUCAUUCAACAUACAUUGUACAAACACUGGAUUUUCAUUUGGGACACAAUACAAUGGUUACAAAGCCUGGUGGUGCUUUAGAAAGUCCUAUGGCAACAAUUACUAAAAUAACAAGACGCCGUCACGAAAAUCCACCACAUGGUGUUGCGACUGUUCAGGAGUGGUUCAACUAUGUUACUGCCAUGAGAAAUGAAGAGCUGAACCUCCUUCGAAACGUUGAUGCUAACACCCGAGACAGUAAAGCAACUAUUAAAAAUUCUAAUCUGCUGAGUGGCUUCCGUGGAACUGCCAACUACAACCAUGAGACAGAAACAAUCUUUGCCUUGCCAAGGAUGCAGCUGGACUUCAAAUCAAUACACAUGCAGGAACCUCAAGAACCUUCACUGCAAGAUCCCAACAGUAAGCCAAAGGUAGAAUGUAGUGUUGUGACAGAAUUCACUGACCAUAUUUGUGUGACCAUGGAUGCUGAGCUGAUUAUGUUCUUGCAUGACCUCGUAUCUGCUUACCUCAAAGAGAAAGAGAAAGCUAUAUUUCCUCCUCGAGUUCUUGCCAUACGCCCAGGCCAAAAAAGUCCUGUUGUGGCUCAUGACGACAGCUCUACAAAUAAAAGUAAAGAGGAGGUGAUCUAUACAACUGUCGACUGGAGAGAGUUUGUUUGUAAUACCUGGCAUCUGGAACCCACAUUAAGAUUAAUUUCCUGGACUGGAAGGAAGAUUGACCCAGUAGGUGUGGAUUACAUUCUUCAAAAACUGGGAUUCCAUCAUGCCAGAAUCACCAUUCCAAAAUGGGUGCAACGUGGUGUUAUGGAUCCACUAGAUAAGGUUCUCUCAGUUCUUAUUAAAAAGCUUGGAGUGGCACUGCAGGAUGAGAAAGAAAAGAAAGGAAAAGACAAGGAGGAACAUCAAAAAUAAGUUUAUUGCAAGAGUACAGUGACUUUUGUUUUUGCUACUGCAUGUCAUUUUCAGGUUUUGUUGUAUUACAAAUAUAUAUUUCAGUAGUCAUUCAUUAAAUUCAUUCUUUUUGCAAAGUUAUUAUUAGCAAAAUUCAAUGAGAAAGUCUUUAUAUGUUGUAAAUUAAACUCUGCACUACCGCUUUCUAAGUGAGUAAGAUUGUUUUACUGUGGAAUAUGGUACCAUUCUAAACUGGUUAGCUAAUUAUUACACAAUUACUGUGAUGUUGGUGCAUGUAUGUAUGUAUAGAUACAAUGUGAAAGUACAGUGAAGUGUCAAGUGCUGUUCGGCAUUCCGAUUUUUAUUGUGAUUAUGUAUUUAAUGUCUUUGUAUUAUAAUUACUAAAAUAAAUAGCAACAAAAUUGUCUUACAUUUCAUUGAUCAAAAAUACCUACUGUUAUGCAUUUGUUGAUAAUCUUUAUGUUGUGUGCACUGUUACUUUGAGAACAAACAUGCUGUAAUUUUGGCUAAAACUUGAUCAUUUUUAAUGCAAAUGGAAAAAAUGGUCAUGAGUUCAUCUGUGAAAUUGUCACAAAUAAAAUACUGCUGAAUUUUAAAACAAAACA